CCGAGGAGGUUGAAAAAAGGUGUCCCAGUGAAAAUGGCGGAUGAUGUGAACGAGGUGAACGGCGACUCGGACGAGCACGGCCAGCCGAACGAUGACCCGAACCAGAAGAAGUCGGCGAAGCACGACAGCGGUGCCGCCGACUUGGAAAAAGUCACCGACUACGCGGAAGAGAAGGAGAUCUUCUCGACGGACGACAAUGACGAGUUCAAAGGGGCUAUGAGCAUCAUCGGCGACCGUCGGAACAAAGAAGUUGCGGAGAAAAUGGCCAAAGAGCGAGAACUCCUCAAAGUAGCGAUUAAAAAAGAAGACGUCGACCUUAUUGUAUCUGAGUUUGAAAUUGCUAGGCCUAAAGCCGAACGAAUAUUGCGUGAACACCAUGGCGAUGUUGUCGAAGCCUUGACAGCUUUGACGAACUGAGGCGGUGCAGUACGUUACCCGGCCACACUUGUGAUUCUCCGAGUAAAAAUUAAUUAUCCGGAAAAAUAAUUAAUUUUCGUGAAAGACUGUUCCGUUGUAUAGCCUGCAAAGGGGGGGGGGAUAAGCCGAACAAAGGUUUACAAUUAUUAACCGGGUCAUCAUAUUUGGUGUGCCUUCUUAGAUUAAUGGGACUAAAAGUGUUCAUAUGUAUUUUCUUGCAUUUUUUCUUUAUUGUUUUUGUUUCGUUCUCUCAACAUUUCCAGACAAGCCGAACACCCUCUUGAUAUCGUGAAUUGAAAUACAUAGAAGCUGGAAUUUUCUACGAAUGCUUUCUAGUCACCAUUUGUUUAAUUUAAGUGAAAUACACUUCCACAAUGUAUUUGUUUUGUUAUUACUUUUGUAAUAUACUUAAUUUGAAAUAUAUAGACAGAGAACAAUUGCAGUGUGUAAAUAAGGUUUAAUGUCUAGAGGUGUAUUUGUAUUAAAUAAAUUUUGUAUCCAUGGA